UUGGGUAAUAAAAAAACCCUUUGGCUUGUUGCAAUUAUCUCCUCUUCCAAAGUAUCAUUUUCAGUUCACGAUUUAUGGAUCCAAUUACAAAUUCUCUACCAUUUUUUAACAACAGCCAAUGCAGCCACUAAAAGUUUUUGUGUGCAUGGGUUUUACCUUCCCCAUUGAUAACUCUUUUGUGUAAUUAUUCGUCACUCUUUUUUUGCCAUCAAUAUUUAAAAUGACACCACCAGGAAAUGAAACUACAAAAAACUGACGGCAGAAUGAAAAAAACUUGCAUAAAAAAGGAAAAGCCCUUCUUCCUACCAUAAUUGGGAGCCUAAAAUUGGGACACAACUUUGGGACACCCUCGCAAUGCCAUACAACAAUCAAAGAACACACACACCAACACACAGCUAAACAUAUGUAGACACUGUAACAUCCUGUGUUUAGGCUCAUCAAAUGGUUCAAAGGCCUCAUUUGAUAGUCCACAAUCAUGCUGAAAGCCGAGCUGUAAUAUGCAAUGACACAUGCUCCAUGCCCCCCAACCAAUUCUAGUUCCGAUUUAAUUUUUUGGAUGCUGCUAGGAAAUUCAUAUACAUAAAACAAGUACAUACAUGGCUUAGGAAGGAGAUAUAUACAUAUGUACAUAUGUACAUAUGUGCAUCAUAUAUGCAUUACUCUUCAAUUGUGAGGCUCGGCUGCUGUUUGUGUUGUUUGUUGUUUCAUUAAAUUAAAUAUUUAAAUAGUCUAUAAACCAAAUUUAGUUGAUAGGCAAAUGAUUUCAAUGCGAGAAAAACAAAAUGGGAAACUCGCAAAAUAGUUUAUUGUUUAAUGUUUAAUGUGUACAUAGAAUGGAUAAGAGCCCUAUAUAAAAUAGUUAUGUAUUUAUUGUAGAUGUAAGCUAUGAAACCUCGGCCCCCCCAACCAUCUUUCCAACUGCCCAGGACCCGCCCAAUGCCCCGAAACUCCGGCCCCACCCUCUCAGAAAAGCUCACCAGCCACCAAGCACAAAAUCCAAAGUACACCAACAGCAGACGGUACGAGUGUCCUGUUCUGUGUGUUUUCUCGGCUCCAACUCGAUGCUAAUCAGAAUUUUGUUUUAAAUUUAUUUCAUUAACGAAUUGCUUGAAAUAUCUGCCAACAACCACACAUACAACAACUACAACAACAACCACACAUACAACAACCAACAACAACAAUGCUUACACCAACAUCCUCCCAAGCAGUCCACCAGCCAUGCCACAGCCAGCGGCCACGAUGAGCGGGGCAACCUUCUCUGGCAGCAGGAGGCCUCCGAAUUCGUUGAGCAAUUUCCCACAGAUCCAGUGCGUCGGUGCCCGGUGCCACCGCUGCGACACUGCCACGCCCACGGCCAUGGCCAUGCCACGCUGGGCAGACGCAAUGCGGAUCUGUUUAGCGGGGACCUGGGCAUACCGGAGAUCAGCACCCAUGUGGGCAGCGUGGUGCACACCUUCGAGACGCUGGCCCUGCAGCGUCGCCUGGCCGAGGCCGAGCAGGAACGGGACCGGGACAGGGACCGGGACAGAGAGUUAAGUAAGUACGAACCGAGUGCCAAUGGCAAUGGCACCACCCAGAGCAAGUACAACCAGCUGAAGCGCCGCUCGCAGGAGAUGCGACAGCGCCUCAUGCAGCAAAUGCACCGCCAGAAGCUGCAGCAGCAAGCACGAACACGGGCCCAGUCCCAACCACAACCGCAGGCACAGACACAGCCACAGCCACAGGCACCAUUAACCAACAGCUGUAGCACCCAGACGCUGGCCACUGCCCAUCUCAGGCCGCGUCUGGCCCGUUCCACGGAGCAGCUGCAGCACCAGUCCACCUUCGAGGACUACCGCAAGAAUCUGUUUGGCACGCUGACGCGGCCCAGCAGUGUGGAGGAAGAGCUGCAGGACGAGUCCUUCAUUGUGAACGCCGCCUUCGACGAGAUCUUUGCCCACUACGACGACGAUUCGUCGCAGGAGCAGGAGGCCGGAGGCAUGACGCUGACCAACACCGAUGACCUGUUCGAGGACGAACACAUGCUGGUGAGCCUCAGCGAGCUGGACGACGAUGUGUUUGCCAGCAAGGCGCAAACAGCCUCAACCACACCCACCACGAGUGCAGCGGGGCGAACGCCCAAGCAUAGUACGCCACAGCUGAAUCUCAAUAAAUAUCCGGCGCCUACUCCACCACGCUCCAGGACGCUGACCAAUCUGUUUGAGCGCCUCAAGUCGGAGCAGCAUCAGCGGCUGCAGAAGUAUCCCGCCGAGACGCAGCUCCACCAGGCGGCUGACUUUAAUCGCGGCUCCACGCUCAGCAAAUCGUUUGUGCAGCAGCUGAGGCGACCCUCCCACAAGCAGAAGCGGGCGCCCAAGCCACCGCCCAAGCCCAAGUCGCGCUCCCAUGUGGCCAUCGCGCACGUGACGCCACUGCGGCACGCUCUGAUCUUCCCCAAGCGCUCCAAGUCCUCCAAUGAGCUGCUGCUGGACGAUCUGAAUGUGCAGGCGCGUAAGUAUUACCGCAGGACGCCGGAGCUGAGCGCAGCGCUGUAGAGGAUCAGAUGGAGCACAGAGUUAUGCACCCAUCACGCUCACCUCUAGUUGUUAUCCGUUUGCUAACCCGCUGACCCAGUCAGUGCCGGACUCUUGGCUAUAAUGAUUUCCUUUCCAUCUUUUAUUUUACCAAUUAAAUAUUCGGCAGAGGCGACGCUUUUGUAGGCUAAGUGAAUCCCGAAAACCCAAACCCCAACCCCAGACCCGACCUGACCUGACCUGACCCACGUUUUUGAAACUGAACCCGAACCCCGAAUCCCGAACCAGACGUAGGAUGUGGAUGAAGUAGAGAGCAGCUAACCCGCCGCCAAACCGGAAGAAAAUGUAUAGCUCGAGAGAUGUGAAUCGAACGCCGAAUCCCAAAGAGAAUUGAGCCAUAACUUGGAAUAGGAAAAUCUUGUCAGCACUCGUAAUACAA